AAAGGUUCAAACUUUUUUCAUUUGCAUCUAAUCAUGGUUUACAGAUUCCUCCUCAUUUCUUAAUCCUUCUCCAAAUUAUUAAAUAAUGACAACCAAUUCAUAAUUACCUCAUUAAUUUAUUCUUCCCCACCACGUACAAAUUUGCAGCUAUAAAUUGGGACCCACAUAUUCCUCCUCUCUCUUAAUGUUUUCGGAUCCCUUCAAUAUUUUUUCUCGAUUUUUCCAGCUCCAGAAUGAAGCACAGUGAAGAGGGGUGGCAAGAUUUCUUGUUAAAAGAGCAUAAAUAAAAUCAUUUUUUGUGGAAUCUCGUAGCUGACUUGACGACUGAGAGAUCAAGAAUUAUGGGAUUUUCGCUUUGACCGGAAUUUCCUUCUGGGCCGUCAUCAAGAUCUAGAAUUGUGUACAUCAUUUCAACAGUCUUCUUACAGAGGAGGAAUUGAUCCACUCUGAGGGCCCCUAUCACCAUUAACUACAUUAAUCGAGCAACUCUAAGUGGCUUCAAAGUGCAACCUUUCAACUCCUGGUCAUUGUGGUUGCUUGAUGCCUUGGUGGUUGAUCAAUUUUCUGCAGAACCCUAGAUGGACUUGACACCAUUAAGAUGUCUUAUUAACAGUAUUUCUCGAUUCAUUCAUCUGGUAACAUGCCGUGUAUCAAGUACGAUGCCGGCUGAGAAGGAUUACCAAACUUUGGUUUCUAUGUUGAAGCAUUUGAAACCAGUACUUGAUGAUGUUUCUGAUCACAAAGCACCACUGGAUGAAGCAUUGUUUAAAGAAUGUGAAGAGUUGGAUAUAGCUGUAAAUGAGGCCAGAGAGUUCCUUGAGAAAUGGUCCCCAAGAACGAGCAAGUUACUUUUUGUGCUGCAAAGUAAGCCAUUGCUCUUGAGCAUCCAGAUUGCCUCAGUCAAGUUAUCUUGCAUUCUUUGCAAAAUAUUUGAAUCAUUACCAACUUCUUCGAGCCUGGCUCAUGUGCAGUUUUCUGUGCAAGAGUGUCAGAAUCUGAAGCUAGGGCAACUAGCAGAACAGAUAGAAGAGAUUCUGAAAAGCCAAAAAGAAGGGAAAGUUCCUGGUGUUCAACAUCUUAAACACAUCAUUGAGUCCUUCAACUUGACAUCAGGGGAAGAAAUCUUGAAUGAGUAUAUUGCACUUGAGAAGGAGAAACAAAAGGCGGAAGGCAGUGACAUAAAAGGGGAUUUAGAUCAUAUUUCCCGUACUGUCGAUCUUUUGUCUCACGUUCGUGAUUAUGUUGUUAAUCUCGAGAAAUUUAAAGCCAUAAAUGACAUCCAGAUUCCUUCGUAUUUCCGCUGUCCAUUAUCUCUGGAACUAAUGUUAGAUCCCGUAAUUGUUGCUUCUGGCCAAACUUAUGAGCGGGCUGCUAUUCAGAAAUGGUUGGAUUAUGGAUUAGGGAUAUGCCCCAAAACAGGUAACAAGCUUUCCCAUAAGAAUCUUAUCCCCAACUAUACUGUAAAAGCUCUCAUAACAAAUUGGAGCAAUGAAAACAAACUAGAACUCAUUAGCAAGCGUGAAAAUCUGGAAAUAGAAAGAGUUCAUUCCCCUUUGGAGCACAUCAGUCAUGAAGAUGAUAGCCAAUGUCCGCAAAGUGGUAAUUCUGCAUCUGGAUCCUCAUUUAGACACGGUCUGGAGACUCAGAAGGUUGGUGAAGAAAGAUAUCGCGUUUCCAGAGGGGUGAUUGAGAAACUCGAUCAGUCUUCUCCAGAGCAUUCAUAUGUACACAGCCGGAGUGAGUCAGAAUCAAGUGCUGUGUCCAGCAUUGAUUAUGUCGCAACAGCAGAAACUGAAAAUGCAAGAAUAUCGAAUAAGCAGGAAAAUGUGAUUGAUAAGUCAGAUGAUACAGAGUCUGCUUGUUCCACUUCCCACGGAAGAAAAUCUGGUGGUGCUUCUCAUUCUUUACAUGGAAGACAGUGUAUUAGUGCCAAAACAAUGGGUGAAAUGGUUGUCAACGGAAACCAUAAUCCAUCUAGAGCUGUGUCGCUUCCAUCUGAGUCGGGGUAUGAUGUAUUGACUUCUACUUCCCAUGUGGAAGAACUCGUCAACAGCUUAAAAAGUGCUUCAAAUGAACUACAAACUGCAGCUGCCAGAGAACUACGGUUUCUUGGGAAGUCUAAUAUGGAAAAUCGCAUCAUUAUUGGUGAAUGUGGGGCUAUUGCCCCGUUGAUCGCUCUUUUACACUCAGAUGUGGAGGCGACACAGGAACAUGCCGUCACUGCUCUUCUGAAUUUGUCUAUCAAUGAAAACAUCAAGGCCAGGAUCGCAGAAGAAGGUGCUCUAGAACCGCUAAUUCAUGUUCUGAGAACUGGAAAUGCGGGAGCCAAAGAGAAUGCUGCCGCCACUCUUUUUAGUAUCUCACUUAUAGAUGAGUACAGGAUAAAGAUUGGUCGAUCCGGGGCAAUCAAACCGUUGGUUGAUCUUUUAGGAAGAGGUACUAUCCGAGGAAAGAAAGAUGCUGCAACCGCGUUAUUUAACCUAUCUAUCUUUCAUGAAAAUAAGGCUCGUAUAGUUCAAGCUGGAGCAGUGAAGCAUUUGGUGAUGUUGCUGGACCCCGAAUCAGAGAUGAUCGACAAAGCUGUGGCUCUUCUUGCAAAUUUGUCUACAAUUGCAGAAGGAUGCUCAGCUAUUGCUCGAGAAGAGGGCAUUCCAUUACUUGUUGAGAUAGUCGAUAUGGGGUCCCAAAGAGGAAAGGAAAAUGCAGCUUCUGUACUGUUGCAGCUGUGCAUCAACAGUCCCAAAUAUUGUCGGAGCAUUUUGCAAGAAGGAGCCGUUCCGCCUCUUGUGGCAUUAUCUCAGUCUGGCACUCCGAGAGCUAAGGAAAAGGCGCAGCAGCUUCUCAGUCACUUCCGCAAUCAGCGUGAGAGUUCUGCAGCAAGAGGGAGAUCGUGAAAAGGGGCGAAAGAGUCGCUCACCCAUGUUCUCUUUGGCUCCUCUGUGUAGGUAAAUUUCUUUAGGCAGGGUUUUUGAAAAUAUAUAUUAUUUUACAGAUUUGUGGCGACGAGCUUGCGCGAAAUGCAUACAGAACCAGACGUUUUCUUUUCUUGCUCCAUAAAUGGCUGUAGCUUCGCUGGAGGUUUGGAUUUAUUUUUUCCUCUGUCCAUCACUGGAUUACGUGCCUACCUGUACAGUAGUUUGUAUAUAUAUCUUGUGAAGCAGUUUUGUUGAUUCAAAUUUUUGCUUGCGCUGCACAUCGUACCCCGUCAUCUUAGUCGAGUGUCACUGUCGCGUGUCGUGUUUUGAAUUUUACAGUUAGAAUAGGUUGGAUCCCAUAACCCCCCAUGUAGGAUUGAUAUGCUGAGGUCAAAACAUGAGACCAAUUAGAACUGUGAUUCGUUCGAAUUAUACAAUUGCGUUUGAAUCUCGUCA